AUGGAGGAACGGGGAUCCCCCGAUGGGGACCCCGCGCGGAGCCUGGAGCAGGGCCCCGAGGGGCCGGAGACGCCCAUCCAGGUGGUGCUCAGGGUGCGUCCCAUGAGCGCUGCGGAGCUGCGCCGGGGGGAGCAGAGCGCGGUGCACUGCUCGGGGACCCGGACUCUGCAGGUGAGCCCCCCGGGCGGAGGCCCCGACGUGGCGUUCCGCUUCGGGGCCGUGCUGGACGGGGCGCGCACGCAGGAGGAUGUGUUCCGGGCGAGCGGUGUGCGGCGACUCGGGGAGCUGGCGCUGCGCGGCUUCUCCUGCACCGUCUUCACCUUCGGCCAGACCGGCUCCGGGAAGACCUACACCCUCACGGGGCCUCCUCCCCAGGGCGAGGGGGUGCCUGUACCCCCCAGCCUGGCUGGCAUCAUGCAGAGGACCUUCGCCUGGCUGUUAGACCGCGUGCAGCACCUGGGCGCCCCUGUCACCCUCCACGCCUCCUACCUGGAGAUCUACAACGAGCAGGUUCUAGACUUGCUGAGCCUGGGGUCCCCCCGGCCCCUCCCUGUGCGUUGGAACAAGACUCGGGGCUUCUAUGCGGAGCAGCUGCGGGUGGUGGAGUUUGGGAGUCUGGGGGCCCUGAUGGAACUUCUGCAGAUGGGCCUCAGCCGCCGAAGGAGCUCAGCACACACCCUGAACCAGGCCUCCAGCAGGAGCCAUGCCCUGCUCACGCUCCACAUCCGCCGCCAGACCGCCCAGCAGAUGCCUCCUGGGGGUCUUGGGGAACACCCUGCCGGUGGGAAGCUGUGCUUCGUAGACCUGGCUGGCAGCGAGAAGGUGGCGGCCACCGGGUCCCGCGGGGAGCUCAUGCUUGAGGCCAACAGCAUCAACCGCAGCCUGCUGGCCCUGGGCCACUGCAUCUCUCUGCUGCUGGACUCGCGGCGGAAGCAGAGCCACAUCCCUUUUCGAGACAGCAAGCUCACCAAGCUGCUGGCGGACUCCCUGGGGGGGCGCGGGGUCACCCUCAUGGUGGCCUGCGUGUCGCCCUCCGCCCAGUGCCUUCCCGAGACCCUCAGCACCCUGCGGUACGCCAGCCGAGCUCAGCGGGUCACCACCCGGCCCCAGGCCCCCAAGUCCCCGGCGGCAAAGCAGCCCCCGCGCCUGGAAACGGAGAUCUUGCAGCUCCAGGCGGAGAACCGGCUUCUACGGUCCCAGCUGAGCCAGAUGGACCUGAAGGCCUCUGGAUUCGGCGGGACCCGCAUGGCCUGGGCCCAGCAGAACCUCUAUGGGAUGCUCCAGGAAUUCAUGCUGGAGAAUGAGAGGCUCAGGAAGGAGAAGAGCCAGCUGCAGAGCAGCCGGGACCUGGCCCGGGACGAGCAGCGUGUCCUGGCCCAGCAGGUCCAGGAGCUGGAGCGGCGCCUCCUCUCUGCCUGCUACCUCCACCAGCCCCGCCUUGGCCCAGCCCCACCAUGUCCCUGUGCGAUGGCGCCAGCUCCCUCCUGCCAUGCCCUGCCACCCCUCUGCUCCUGCCCCUGCUGCCACCUCUGCCCCCUGUGCCGAGCCCCACUGGCGCACUGGGCCUGCCCACGGAGGGAGCUCCACCUGCCCCAGGUGUUUGGCCCUAAGGCCCCCGACGGCAUUCCCCUGUCUGCCCGGCCCCCACCCUGGGUGCCCCCGUGCAGCCCUGGCUCUGCCAAGGGCCCCCAAGAGAGGAGUCACAGCGACUGGACUCAGACCCGAGUCCUGGCGGAGAUUCUCACCGAGGAGGAGGAGGUGGUGCCCUCUGCACCCCCCCUGCCCCCAGGGCCCCCGAACACGUCGCCGGUGUUGAGAGGUGGGGCCACGGUUCCAAACCUGGCCCGGAGGCUGGAGGCCCUCAGAGACCAGAUUGGCAGCUCCCUGCGCCGCGGCCGGAGCCAGCCAGCCCCGCACGAGAGCAAACGGAGCCCCAGCCGAGUCCUCCCUCCCUGCUGA